AUGCACAUCAUCCUCACAGGCGCCACCGGCCUCGUCGGCAGCUCCGUCCUCGACGCCAUGAUCAAAGCCAAAGACAUUACCAAAAUCUCCAUCCUCAGCCGCAAGCCGGUGCGCAUGGCCGAAGACGCCAAGGACCCCCGGAUCCACGUCAUCCUGCACCAGGACUUUGAAAAGUACGACGCCAAAGUGCUGGAGCAGCUCCAGGGCGCGAAAGCCUGCGUCUGGGCCCUGGGCAUCAGCCAGACAAAGGUCAGCGCGCAGGAGUACGUCAAGAUCACAAAGGACUACACUCUGGCGGCGGCCAAGUCAUUCUCCACGCUGACGACGACGCCCUCGGAGCCGUUUCGGUUCAUCUAUGUUUCGGGAGAAGGGGCGACGCAGAAGCCGGGACGGUUCUCGGCGAUUUUCGCAAGGGUAAAGGGCGAGACGGAGGCGGAGCUGGGAGAGAUGACGGCUGCGAAUCCGGGCGCGCUGAGGGCGGAUUCGGUGCGGCCGGCGUUUGUGGAUGCGCGGAGGCACAAGGAGAUUUUGCCGUAUAUCCCGGACCCGGGGAUGCUGUACAAGGUGGGCGUUGCGGCGCUGUCGCCGGUGGUGGGGUUGAUGAGGGGGAUGCAUUCGCCGACGGAGCACUUGGGGGAUUUCCUGGUGAGGAUGGCGAUGGGCAAGGUUGAUGGGCAGCUGGAGGGGCCGGGGGCGUUUCGGCUCGGGGGCUCGUGGGUUGUUGAGAAUGUUGGGUUUAGGAGGAUUAUGGGGUUGUGA